GCUCAUAUUUUUGGCUACUGGUUAUUCGUUCAGUGAUGUGUUAUUUUCCUCUAAAGUUCAAUACGAUGCUUACAUUCAAUGUUGGAGAAGUAGUAACCAGCACAACUCAGAGCAGCUACUGAAUUUAGUGUAGGCUAGCUAGCUAUCGUUAACGUUACAUGUUAACGAUAGCAUUAGCAUUCAUUGUUUUGACAACGUCUAGUAAUGUUAGCUUCUACACCUCUUUCCUUGAUUUACCUGUUGCGAAACAGGGAUAUCAAGAAUCGACAAUACGCUCGCUUUGUAUUGACUCAAAAAGCGUAAAGCGAGAAUGUGUCAGUCUGAUUUUAUAUCAUGCGUCCUUGUGAUCAGGUUGCUGGAGAGGUCCGACCCCUCCAAGCUAUUCUGCGAGGUAGCGGACCCACAGGAGAGAGGCGAGACUGAGAUGAUGGUUUCCUACUUGAUGGGCUGUCGUCAGAAACAGAAGCUGAUGUGCCAGCAACUCUGUAUGCUAGACAACAUGAUGGAAUUAUUGGCAGAGCUAAAAUCUCCGGUGUGUUUCCUCAAUGACCCGUCUCCUAAAGCCACAGAAAGUGAGGCUCGCAAGCGGUGGAAGGCCCUGAAGAAGGAGUACCAAGAUGGCCUGCUGGAGGUGGAGACUCUGAUCAGCAGCUUACAGGAGCGCAGUGACCAGCUUCAGGAGCGGAGGGACCGCCUAGAGACACUGGUGCUUACUCUCCAACAAAAGAAGGAGGAAUGCCAAGCAGUUGAACGCAUCAGGAAGAAGAAGAAUCAAUCAGUCGAGAAGCACGUCAGCCUGCAGCUGGACGAGUCUCUUCUGUCGGCCCAGCAAGCUUUGCACUCCUGUGACAGACAGCUGCGCCAGCUUAAGAUGGAGAACGAUGCCCUCCAGUCACGCUUGGACAAAUGCACAGAGCUUAGAGAGCAGCUAUGGAGCUGCCUGGAGGCGACUCAGGGCCUGACACAGUACAGGGUGACUUGUGUGAGUCCGUCUGAGAUGUGUGUUGAGUUGCGGCCUGUUUGUGGGAAACUAGAGCCCCUGAAGCUCAGCGUCACCCUCAACCACCAACAGCACUUCCACUUGCAGGUGUUUCAGGGUACUGCAGGUCUCCUGGAGGAGACAGUGAAGGGUCCUGUUGAGCAGCUGAGUGCUGCCCUUCUAGAAGUCAUGCAGCAUUACGUCAGCCAGGGGGCGAUGUUGACCGAGGUGCAGGCUCUGCACUCCAGGUUUGCCAUUGACUGGCGCCCUGCCCAGCGGCUACUGGUUUUCCUGAAAACAGCAUCGGUGGUGUGCCACCUGGAGGUGGGUGAGGGUUACCCCUCGGGUGGCAGUGCCACUCUGCUGGCGGUGCGAAAGGACGCCCAUGACCUCGAUAUCACCACCCUGCAGCCCCCCUCACAGAAUCCUAGCCUGACGGAGUGGCUGGAGUAUCUCUCAUGCUGUCCAGACGUGUGAACUCGCCCUUAAAAACAAAAGCUGACGACAUAAAGUCCCACAACACUGUGAGUCAAUGGAUCUAGCCUAAAGGUAGCCAGAACAUGAAUCACAAUCAAGACUCACCUACAUGAAUCACAAGGGUGAUUCAUGUCACAUAUUGGACACAAAAAAACAGGGCAUAAUGAACAAAGGUUCACAAACCCGAGUAUGAUCCUGGGUCCAAAAUCCUGCAGUGGCAUGAACCCUGAUUGGCUGAGAAGAUCUUGAAGGGUGAUGUGCACCUGGACAAAAUUACAGCUUAGUAUUGAUGAUCUGGACUGCAUUGUCGUAACAUAUACUCCUCUGCUUCAUGGACCAUUACAGUUUCCCAUGCUUUUCAGUUGGCAUAGAACCAUAUGUUGUUUUUUAAAGUCUCCACGAUUGACACAUGCAUUGCUUUCCUUCAGUUUAUUGCUGACUGCACCUUCUCCAUGUAUUUGUGUUUAGUUUGUAUGUAAUUAACCUGUCCUUUCCUCUUCUGAGGCUGUGUCAUUGCUCUCUUCUUUCCUGCUGAUAUUGUGCUGUUAUGUGACUUGGUCAAUAAAAUCUCAGUCUGAAAAUAAUA